AUGAGGGCUUCAGAAUUAAAAGCAAAAACUCCGACCUUAGGAGCUAACGAUUUUCAGAUUCAUGGUGAUGAAAAUUUACUCUCUACACUGAAGCGGUUCAAGACUAUCUUUUUGUUGGAUGAUAGUGCAUCAAUGGCGAGCAACGGACAUUGGGAGAAGGCCCAUAACUCGAAUACGCAUUUCAAAAACAUCAAAGGUGCUUCUUCGCUCCUGCGAAAAUUCAAGACAAUCCAGCCCACCGGGGACAGCACUCCUACGGAAACCAAAGUAGAAGGGAUUCUGCGACCUUAUAUUGAGAUACUUGAAAUGCAAAAAUCAAGGAAUCAACUGCUUCCAAAACCCCUGAACCUGGUGAUUAUCACCGAUGGUAUUCCAGACGAUAUUGAUAGUUUUAUUUCGAUUAUCAGCCAUGUCUCUUCAAAACUAGAUGCUGGCCAUUUUCCACUCAAUCAGGUUGGGAUACAAUUUGUUCAGAUUGGGGAUGAAAAACGCGUCAGCAGGGUUUUAAAAAUCCUGGAUAACCAUUUGCAGAAAAGAUACGGGGUUUCUAGGGACAUGAUAGAUACAACCCAAUUCUCUGGGAUCACGGAAAAAGCCUUCAUUGUUAAAUGUCUUCUGGGAGGGAUCAACCGACGGGUAGAUCGAAUGCAAGUUCCUUCGUCCUAGGACAAUGUAUACCACAUGCAAAUCGCGUUUCGAAUUUCAAGUACAAAUUCUUCUAUGGUGCCAUCCGAAGGGGAUAGGAAAUCUUUCGACUUGAAACUGCCGAGAUCUAAACAACUCGACCAGGGAAAAUAGAUCAUAUUCGCCGUUUCGACUGGAACUACUCAUGAAAGGGCAUGUAACCGCCUUAGGAAAAAAGGGGCUAUUUGUGUUUGGACAAAUCAUUCUUACUUACUCAGCUAUGCAUUUGUUUAGAUUUUUUUUUUCUUGUCAAGCUUUAUACAUUUUCUUCCCAUGCAUUAGUAGAUCUUGGGUUUGAGAUGAUUAUAUGUUUCUUAUGACCUAUUUGUUUUGAAUGAAUCAGCAGAUACUUUUAGGACUAUCUGUUCUUUCUACAUGGUGAUAUUACAAUCACUCAUUACAUCAUGAUUACGUCUGCCUAUGAGUAGCUUCACAUUUUUUGCAAAAGGAAUGUUUAUCUGUCUACAGUACAAGAGUAGGACAAGAGUGUUGAAAGAGCCUUGAUAAAUUGCUCCAUCCAAUCUCC